AAUCUGUAAUUUAGUUCCGUGUUGAUCAUGGUGGGGUGAAGUUUCGCAGUUUUUCUAAGCAAAUAAAUUACGUAUUAUUAACGUAAUAAUUAUGUUACGGAUUUAGAAAAUCGGACAUCAACUGCAGGAUUUUGCGUAAUCCAUGUUGUAUCAAGGAUUAAGCACAGAUCGCUCACCCACAAAAAUGGUCACAAAAAUAUUUUUCACGUUGGCAACUUUAUUAACAUAUACAAACUCUGAGUAUAUACCUCCAGGGCCAUUGUACCCAUGCCCCAAAGACUCCACCACCACUCUCUUGUACCCUUGUGUCUGUGAAAAAGGGUCCGACAGUGGUCUAUAUAUAAGAUGUGAAAAUACAGGCCUGGCAAUACUAAGUGUCGGGCUUGGCAACAUUGCUGGGUUGGGGUUGCCAAUUGAGAAAUUAGUGCUGAAUGAGUGUAAAAUUACGAACCUCUUCGGCCCUCUAUUUCACAGAUCUACAAUAAGAGUGAUAGAAUUCAUUGACACUCCCAUCAAGACUAUAGACCAGUAUGCCUUCGCCGGAGUGAAUAGGACUCUGCAGGAGCUUUAUAUGACCAAUACUGCAAUUGAGGAGUUUCCUAAAGAUGCUUUUAUGAUCCUAGGAAACCUAUCAGUGCUUUCAAUAGACGGACACAAAAUGACCAAGUUGGGUAAAGACAUAUUCGUGGGUAGCGAGGCAGCUGGCAAGUUGGAGAGGUUGCAUCUGACAAACGGACUUAUAGCUGAUAUGCCACCAGAGACAUUUCAGGUAUUGAAAAAGCUAAAAAAGCUGGACUUGCACGGCAAUAAGCUGGCGACACUGAAACGGAACCAAUUCAAGGGACUAAGGGAUACUGAAGUCUUGGAUUUAAGUUACAAUAGUAUUACAAAGCUGGACGGCAGUCAUAUAGGAGACCUGACCAAGUUGGGAUGGUGUAAUGCAAGCCAUAAUCAAAUUGGUGAAAUACCGAGAGGCAUGUUCGCCAGGAACACGGUAAUCAAAGUGGUGCAUUUGGACAACAAUAAGAUUAAAAAACUGGACACAAACAGCUUUAGAGGCAUGAGAUUUUUGAGACGUCUCUACCUACAAGACAAUCAGAUAUCAGACGUCGGUCGCGGCACAUUCUCAGCCGUCACAAGAAUCGGUACCAUUGAUCUAGCGAGGAAUAAAAUUAAGAAGAUUGACUUCCAAAUGUUUCAGCAGGUUAAAUACGCUGAGUUAAUAAACAUGGCAGAGAAUAAUAUAACUAUAAUAGAAAAUCAGGCGUUUACAGACUUAUACCAAGCGAUAGUGAAUGUUUCACAUAAUGCGCUAUCUACUAUAGAAACGGGGGCGUUCCAAAAUUGCAAUAAUAUGACUUUGCUCGACUUUAGCCAUAAUAAUCUGUCUAAAAUCAGCCCUAGGGCUUUCGAUGAAAACAGCUAUGCGUAUCAUUUGCAAGUGUCGCAUAAUGAAUUCGUCGAUUUUUCUCAGAUACCAAUCCACAAUAUGACAGGCAUACAAGUGCUGAAUGCGUCGUACAACAGAAUCGAAUCUAUACCAAAGUUAGCGUUCCCGAAACUAUACGAACUGCACACAGUCGACUUGUCACAUAACAACUUGAGUGAAAUAUUCAAUGCGGUCUUCCAAAAUUUGUUUUCUAUAAGAUUUCUGAACCUAAGCUACAACUCAAUGGAGGUGAUCAAACCCGCGACGUUCGGUACAAUACCGACAAUACUGGAACUGGAUCUAUCGCACAACAAACUGACAGACGUAUCGCGCGGCAGUAUGGCCAAACUAGUCAGCUGUCGAUUGAUCGAUAUGAGCUACAACUAUUUACCGAAGCUCUUCCAAAUACCUAUCAGUUUGGGCGAAUUAAACGUAGCCUACAACAACUUAACAGAAAUAAAACCGAACACAUGGCCGACAAUGAACGCGCUACUGCGGCUCAACUUCUCGGCCAACAUGUUGGGCGACUCGUUGACUGGCGACUCGUUCUCCAGCCUGUUGACGCUGCAGUCGCUCGACCUGUCGGCCAACGGGUUGACUAAACCUCCGUGGGAGGCCUUCAGCACGUUGACUAGCUUGCAGUAUUUGUAUAUGCAGGACAACAAUUUAACAGAGCUGAGUAGAUCAGCGUUCGGUAACCUACCGACGAUGUUCAAGCUAGACUUGUCGCGCAACCAGUUGACAACAGUUGCGCAACGCUCGUUCAACGGCAUGCAACAGUUGCUCGACUUGUCGCUCAGCGGCAACAUGUUGAAACAUAUACCUAAUGAGGCGUUUAAAGGAUUGGUUGCUUUGAGGAAAUUGGAUUUAUCGCACAAUUAUUUGGAAAAGAUUGACAAUAAGACGAAUGGUCUGCUGGACGACUGCCUGUCUCUAGAGAAGGUAAUCCUAAGCCACAAUAAAUUCGGUUUUCUAACGAAGAAGAUGUUUCCCGCGAGUCCCUGGAUCCCGUACAGACUGCAAGAAAUUGACCUGAGUUACAAUGAGAUACCUGUUCUCACACACGACAUCACUUUAGGAGCUAAGAAAGUUACGAAGUUGAAUCUAGCUGGGAACUUCAUCAAUGAUAUUCGUAAUAAUGUCCUAGGAAACCUGACAUCGCUACAGAUACUAGAUUUAUCACACAAUAACCUCAAGGAUUUAGUUUCGAGGUCUACAACGGAAAUAAAAUUCUCAUUACCGGAGAAUAUAACAGAAUUACACUUGUUCAACAAUUCACUACAAACUUUGCCUACCCCAAAUAUAAUAGCGGCGAAACACUUAAAGUUAUUAGAUUUGAGAAAUAAUGAGCUAAUUAGCUUCGAGCCUGAGUUGGUUAAGAAGAUUAUAAAGGAGGGUACUGUUAUAUUGUUUCAAGGUAACCAUUUGAAAUGCGACUGUUUCACGCGCCCAUUGAAGCACUAUUUGAACCACAUGAAACCAUCUUCUCUAAGAACAGAUGAAAAAUAUCAAAACCUCACUUGUUCCGAGCCAACAACGCUCGAAAACGAGAAUUUAUUAUCUGUGGACGAAGACAGAUUAUUGUGCACUGGCAACACUGAGGUUGACAAUAAAAUUAUGGAGUAUAGCAACACUGAUGCGGAAAGUGCUUUCGAUUUUAUCAACGAGCCGGAUUUGGCUUUCCGGGAUAUUCAAUACUCCCAAACAUCAAUAUACGUACACUGGUUCAUACCAUCAAACGAAGACAUAGCCGACUUCAUUCUAUACCUCAGAGACAGCGAAAAUAAACUACUAUACUCAUCCGACGUCGCUUACAAUUUACGCUCUUUAACCAUCCCUAUAGAAGAAGACCUAAAAAUCUCUUUACAAGAUAAGAAAAACCAUGAAAUUUGUAUACAGGGGAAAUACUCUAAUAACGCGCCAAGAAAAUGGCAUCCAAGUCAGUGUCAAAAGGUGAUAGAAGACUUUAAUUCUUGGCCCAGAAAACUUAAUGUGGAUAAAAGAAGACUUACAAAGAAGAAAGUUAAAUAUUCUUGGUUCGGUAACAAUGUUUUAAAUCUGGUGAGUGAUUCAAUACUGAUUACGCUGUGUAUAUUCUUGAGUGUAUGUUUAAAAUUAACUGAUGAUUUGUAGAUUUAUUUUUGUGACAAUUUUUUAUUGUAAAGUCCGUCUUGUAAAUUGUUUUUAAAAUGUUAGACACGUAUUUAGAUUUACUGCCGCAUUUAGAGAUGUUUAAUGGUUACUUAAACUAUUCCUUAGUAACGAUUUUGUAUUGAAAACAAUUGCUAAGGACUGGGUUAAGUUAUCAUUAAAUGACUCUGAGUACGGCGGUUAGAUUGCCUCGUUGGUCGAGUGGUCGCAAGUGCGACUGCCGGUCAAGAGGUCUCGGGUUCGACUCCCGAGUCGGGCAAAGUAUUGUUUUUUUCGGUUUUUGUAAUGGGAUAAAAGGCGUGUCAUAUUAUUUAUUUUCGCGCAGAAACAAAUACUUUCAGCGAUAUAUUGAUUUGAAAUAUGUAUAAUCUCACGUCACUUCUAACUUUUAAACUUUGAUUCGUUUUAUCUAAGUAUUGUUAUCAUAUAUGACAAAAUAAAAACAUACGUGUCUAAUAUUUUUUCAUUACCUAACUGACGGACUAAAGAGAUUUUUAAUUUUCAUACCCCGUCAUCAUCCCUAUUAUGGCAUGGGGGGGUAACUAUGGAUCCUUAGCUGAUUUUAAAUAUACGUUCAAAGUAUAGAAAAGAAAAUGGGAUGUUUUUGAGCAGUCAAAAAUAAUAGUAUUUUUUGAAAUAUAUUUUUUUUAAGAGAAUGCAUAUUUUGGUGUCGUAUUUUUUUUAAAUAUGAAAAUCUUCCGUCGCCUGUACUUUAAGUCAUUUAAUGGUUACUUAACCCAGUCCUUAGCAAUUGUUUUCGGAACAAAAUCGUUACUAAGGAAUAGUUGAAGUAAUCAUUAAAUGUUUUUGACUACGACAUAUUUUUUUUUCAAUAAUUUUAAUGUAUUCAUUAGUAUGAACAACUAGCAAAUCCGGCAAACUCCGUUUCGCCACCAAUUGAUUUUAGGUGCUUUCCUGCUUUUCUCUUGAAUUUCUUAUUAAUCUUUGCUAUAAACCUCACGGAGCCCGAGACCUUUCCAACGAAUGCCAAACCGUGGAAAUCGGUUCGUGCGUUCUGGAGUUAUAGCGUCAGGAAGGAAAACCCGACUUAUUUUUAUAUUGUAGAUAUAUUUUUGACUGUAAAAACAUCCCAAUGGUUUUGAUCACAACGUUUUCAAUUUGAAAAAAAAAAGUAGAAAUGAUGUUGAAAUUAGAUAGGUAAAAUGUAUUUAAGUUCGUCAUCUAGAUAUACAAUGUGAUAGGGGUGAGACUUCUAACCCGUUAAGGCUGAGUUCUACAUCUAAUUUUAUCGACAAAAGUCGGGGGUCGAAGGGGUCGAAUCCCCUCCCCAUAAAAAUUAUGGCUAUUUUAAUAUUUUUUUUUACUUUUUUUUAUAUCAAAGGUUGUAUGCGUCGUAGAAACAAAAAAAAACGACAAACGGUAGCUAAUAACCUUGGCUAACUAAUUCAUUACUUUUUUCAUAUGUUUGAUAAUGUUUUGGUGAGAAAAAAAAUCAUUUGUGAAUUAUUUUUACCGAAAAAAUCACUAUUUUUCAAUAUUUUCAAUUAGGGGUUCAACCCCCAUAUUAUUUUUUUGUCGAUAAAAUUAGAUGUAGUACUCAGCCUUAACGGGUUAGAAGUCUCACGCCUAUCACAUUGUAUAAAUGUAAAAAAAAUACACAAUUUUUUUCUUUUUCUCCAUUAGUAAAAAAAAAUCCUACUUUUUCUAGACACACAAGAAUAUAAUUUCUUUUCCCGAAUUAUUUCUUUCAUAGUAUUAUAAUAUAAUAUCUAGUUGACGAACUAGUGGCCAAAAUAAUAACUGAACCCAAUCUUAAAACAUCUGGAUUGAAACUGCUCAUUUUUUAAAUGUACACAGUAUUUGUGUUGUGUGAGUGAGGUUACCGGAGGCCCAAUUCCCCCCUUCCCAAUCUUCCCAAUCCCCGAUUCCCCAACAACCCUUAAUUUCCUAACUCCCAAAAGGCCGGCAACGCACUUGUAACGCCUCUGGUGUUUCAAGUAUCCAUGGGCGACGGCGAUUGCUUAUCAUCAGGUGAUACGUCUGCUCGUUUACCAUAAAAAAGUAUAUGACAUGCUAACGUGGUGUUACAUUGUAUGUGCACCUCUGCCUACCCCUUCGGCAGAGGCGGAUUUAAUCAAAAUAGCAGCCUAGACAAGCGCAUCAUAAAGUUGAAGUCAAAGUUAUUUAUUUCAAAUAGACCAGGAAGGCACUUUUGAACGUCAAAGCAAAUUUAAUAAUAUGUAUUAAUAACGUCUGUCUGUCGGUCAGUCCUCUAGUUGCUCUAUUUGCUCGUUCCAAAGUGUAGAUUCCUAUGGAGAAGAACGAGCAAGAAACUCCAUAGGUUAUUAUUUUUCAAUCAGAUUCACAAUACAAUUCUUGGUUACAUUGUUUCGUUGGUUCAAGAGGCGCCCGUAUUUUGUUUGGUCACUCUUUAGGCGCCUGUUUCUUGGCGCCCUUCUUCAACCUGGCGCCCAAGGCACUUGUCUCAGGGAUAAUACGGCCCUGCCCUUUAAGAAAUGUUGUGUAUAUAAUUAUGUAUAUUUAAGGUAAGCGUCCACAGGCCCGCAUCGUACGCAUUCCAUAUGACGUCAUCAGUACGCAUCGCAUGUAGGCAUUGCCGAUGAUGCGGUCCGUACGAUGCGGAUCAGUGGACACAGUUGUAUGAGUUUCUAUACAAGACAAACUAAAAUCCGUUGCGUACGAUGCGGGCCUGUGGACGCUUGCCUUUAAUGUGUGAUAAAUUGUAUAAUUAUUAAUGAAUGAUCUUCACAAUUUUAAGCUUUAAAAAAAUUCUAUACUUUUUUUGUAAAUAUUUUUUUCUUUUUCAUGAAUCUCAAAAUAAUGACUAUUAUAUAACUGCUUACCUCCCUAAAGGGAUGAAGUAAGUUGUGUUAUUUUUUUAAUUUUUUUUUGUAUAUUGACUUGUAUUAAAUCUAAUAUGUGAUGUAAAGAGCUCAAAAUAUAAUAUAUUUUUUUAUAUGUAUACAAAAGUUAAAAAAAAAUCAUGUAUUUUUUUACAAUAUAAGGACUAAGAUGUCUCCAGUGAUUACGAUUAUCAAGGGUUCGAAACCCAAGUUGGGCAAAGUAUUAUUAAUAUUUUUGAUUGUUUAACUUUUUAUUAAAAAACAUGGAAUUCGAAAUUAAGCCCAGUGUAUAACAAUCUCACCCACUAUUACAUGGGACUUAUAACAUAACUGGUGAAAAUUGGGUGUUACAUUGUAUAUAGGGUGACUGGUAAUUAGUGAACGAUAUUUAAACACGUGAUUGUACUCAUGAUUACAAACAACUUUCCCAAAGAAACUUUGUUUGUAUACUCAUUA